AUGUCAAAGUCCGGCCCUGCUCCUUCUACCGGCUCAUCGUCAUCCUCUAACUACUCUGGACCAGUCGCGGUCACCCCACCGUCCGCAUCAGCGCUCCAGCUCCUCUCGCUCACGCAAGACAUCACCGCCCUCAUCUCCCUAUCGGUCGAGGCGACCGCGUCGCUGGUGCACGACUGGUUCCGCUCCUCGGUCAUAUCUUUCGGUCUAGGUGGACAGCAGCUGGUGCGCUAUGCACCACCCCGCACUCCGCCCGUUCCCCAGAAUGAGCGGACUCGGUCAGGUCACGGCGAGAGCGGUAGGGGUCUAGCCGUGGUCGUCAUCGGCGCCGCAGAAGGUGCUGGCCAAUCUCUAACACUCCACCUCGCCAAAUCCGGCUAUACCGUCUUCCCCCUCCUCGCCCUCCCAUCCCCUUCCUCCCCACCUACUUCGCAUGCCCUCUCCUCCCUCCUCCUCAUGUGGUCCACCGCCCAGAAACGUCUUCGGUCGCGAUAUCCACACCAUCCAGGAUGUAUCGUACCGAUCAUGACGGACCCCGAGACCCAAUCUCCGGGAUGGAAGGGGAAGGGCCGGGCGCGAUUCAGCCACGCCGGUCAGACCGUCCGCGCGUACGCGGCGGAGAACGGGUUGAGGCUCGUCGCUGUCGUAUGUGCUAGCCGAGGCGAGACCGGCGAUGGUGUAGAUGGCGGGGAUACCGGCGAAAUAGACGAGAGGGACGGGACGUCCAACGAUCCGGGGGAGGGAAUGGACCGGGACUAUCAACCCGACUCGCCCGAUAUGGAGAUGAUUGAGGACUACCAAGCGGUGCAGGCGGACGUCGAUGAUGUUCGGCCGAGAGGCGUGCUAUACGAACCCCGCCCUGCUCUUCCUGAGCCGUGCCAACCAAUCCCUUCCGGCCUGCUCGAGACGGACGAGUCUACCCUCAUCUCGCUAUACCGCGCCAACGUCCUCGAUCCGCUCUCGGUCAUCCGGGAGUUUCAGGAUCUACUGUCCCUCCCAUCUCACCCUGACGGUCGACGGGGACGGAUCGUCUUUGUCAACAAUCACACAGCGGCGGAUACAACCGGAGUGGCCGCAAUGGAGGUGGUACGAGCGGCAAGGGACGAGACUGCCGUCAGACUGCGGGAGGAGCUAGGGGAGGUGGGAAUAGAGGUGUGCGAGGUCGCUGUCGGCCCGAUGGCACCCCGGAUCACGGCCGGUCAUCACCUCCGACAUAUCAGCGAGGAUAGCAGCAGCUCGACUGGCAUCAAUGCGGACAGAAGGCGAUUGAUGAGCAGUGUUCUCUCCGCACAAGCCGGCAAUUCCACUGCGUCCUCUUCUGGACCGGCAACGGACCGCUCCAACCUCCUCGCAUCCCGCCUCGCCCUCCUCACUCAACUCUGGGCUGUCGAUGACGCCCUCCUCUACUCGUCAGUCCGCCGUGCAAUCGAAGACCGAUACCCACGGAGCAAACACCAUGCGGGGCUCAGCCCGCUUGUUGAGAGUGUGGCGGGGGCUGUUCCGGGCAUGGGGGUGGUGAAGGCUUUGGGAAGGUGGGUGUUGGGGAGGUUGUUGGUACCUAGGGGAUAA